AUGCCAAAGUUAAUCCUUGUUAGACACGGUCAAUCCGAAUGGAACGAAAAGAACCUAUUCACUGGGUGGGUUGAUGUCAGACUUUCCGCCAUCGGUGAAAAGGAAGCUGCCAGAGCCGGUCAAUUGCUGAAGGAGAAGAACGAACUUCCAGAUGUUUUGUACACCUCCAAGUUGUCCAGAGCCAUCCAGACUGCCAACAUCGCUUUGUCCGAAGCUGACAGAUUGUGGAUCCCAGUCAAGAGAUCCUGGAGAUUGAACGAAAGACACUACGGUGCUUUGCAAGGUAAGGACAAGGCCGCCACUUUGGAGGAAUACGGUGAAGAGAAAUUCACCACCUGGAGAAGAUCUUACGACGUCCCACCUCCACCAAUUGCUGACGACUCUGAGUUCUCCCAAAAGAACGACGUCAGAUACGGUACCGUCGACCCUAAGGUCCUACCAAAGACUGAGUCUUUGUCUUUGGUCAUCGACAGAAUGUUGCCAUACUGGCAAGACGUUAUCGCCAAGGACUUGUUGGAAGGUAAGACCGUCAUGAUCGCUGCCCACGGUAACUCCUUGAGAGGUUUGGUCAAGUACUUGGAAGGUAUCUCUGAUGCUGACAUCGCCAAGUUGAACAUCCCAACUGGUAUCCCAUUGGUUUUCGAAUUGGACCAAGAAUUGAAGCCAACUAAGCCAUCUUACUACUUGGACCCAGAAGCCGCUGCCGCCGGUGCCGCCGCCGUCGCUGCUCAAGGUAAGAAGAAAUAA